GCGAAGAAGGAUGGAGAAGAACACCGGCCGUAGGUCAGUCGCCGUCAAGAAAAUCGAAGCAGAACAAACGGCAGACGAAAGCAGCGAGCCUGAAAGCGACAGCCAUUAUUAUUACACUCCGCCGAAUUAUCUAACUGGCAGUCUUUCGCCGAGGAAAGUACCCGAGAAACUUUUCAAGGUGAUUAUAAUCGGGGAUCCGACAGUCGGGAAAACGUCUUUUAUCCAAAGGUACGUUCGUAACUCUUUCUCCAGGGAAUACAAGAGCACGGUUGGCGUGGACUUCGCCUUGAAAGUUCUUCACUGGUACGGAUCUCAGACGAUUAAACUACAGCUGUGGGAUAUUGCAGGCCAAGAAAGAUUUACUUGGAUGACAAGAGUGUACUACAAAAAUGCGCACGGAUGUAUAAUAAUGUUCGAUCUCACAAACAAAACCUCAUUCGACAAUUCGUUGAAAUGGAAAAAAGAUUUAGAUUCGAAAUGCUCUCUCGGGGACGGAUCUCCCGUCCCUUGCAUGCUGUUGGCUAACAAAUGUGACUUAGAAGACAGAAGGGUGGAACAGCUUGAUAUUGAAUCUUUCCACAAGCAACACAACUUCAUUGGAUGGACAGAAACAUCCGCUAAAGAAGGACUAAUGGUCAACGAAUCAAUGAGAUUCCUUGUUGAAGUAAUCAUGCAGCAUGAAAGUGCAAUUACUGCAUCGUGUGAAACACGCUACGUCAUAUCGGUAGCACCUGGGGAAAAAGAAACGAAAAAAUGUUGGUGCUGACGAUCCAACACGACGUAAUUAAUUUACAUAACAACCCUAUAAAAUAAUUUCAUACUUUCUGAAAUUAUUGUUUGUCAAUGCACUAAUUAUCUAGUGACCCUAAUUUAAAAUCUAGUAUUAAAAUCUGGACCUCGUUAUGGUCUGGUUAAAAAAAGAAAUUCAUUUGUUAUCUGCCAAGCUUUCAACCUAUUUUAAGGUCAUCAUCAGGGCAAAACAAUAUUAAAGCUGUUCACAAAUCGACAUAAUUAUGUUUUUGAUACUUUUCCUUAUUUCUUUUAAGUGCGACUCAGUUCCAACAAUUCCAAAGGCAUUUUUAAGAUUGUUUUGAAUUAAUUGAAUUUGUUUUUUGGUUUUUUCACCCAGACCAUACCGAUAUCCAAAUUAUGUUUAAAAAUCUAGCACCAAAAUUUCAUAAACUGAUUCUAGUUCAAAAUCUAUCGAUAAUUAUUUGGUCAGCGUUAUCCUCAUCCAAUUCCCUUUUGAAUGAUAGUUUAAUAAAUAUAUUAUAUAAUAAAUACUUAUGGUUAUGUUAUUUUCUAACAAUG